AUGUCACAUCAGAUGGGAAAUUCCAGCAACAUGCUGGCAUCGGCAAUGUCUGGGGCCACUUCGCUGAUAAUUAUUCAAUUGGCCUCCAGGCUGUUCAUUUUCGGCUCAAACCAAGUGGUUUUGAGGAGCUUGUCGCCCUCUACCUUAGGAGUUUCAGCGCAACUUGAGUUGUUCUUGAUCACAAUCCUAUACUUUUCCAGAGAAAGUAUACGAGCAGCUAUUCAGAGGCAGCCUUUACUGCCGCCAACAGCAUCUUCCACUGGUACAAUCCACGAUGCGAGCUUGUCAAGCCAAAAACAGAAGGGACUGGAAGCCCAAACCAAACUACUCCAAUCGACAGUGAACAUGUCCUACCUAAGCAUCGUCAUGGGCGCUGUAAUGGCAGCGACGUUUAGUGCGUUAUACGCCCACUUUGCUUCCAAAGAAGUUGUGAAGACGCCAUUCUACCACUGGAGUGUAGCAGUUACGGCUAUUGCAGCGCUCAUUGAACUGAGCUCCGAGCCAUUCUUUGUCGUGGUACAGCAGAAUAUGCUCUACAGUAAGAGGGCAGCUGCUGAGAUAUGUGCUGCUUUCGUGAAAAGCCUAGUUACAUGUGGCUUAUCCAUAUGGGCUGCUUGGUCGAGCCGCAGCCUCGGAGUUCUGCCAUUCGCAUUGGGUUACCUGUCCUAUUCGAUGGUGCUAUUUUGUGGCUACUUUCUAGCUGCAAUGCAUAUGUCAGGGGUUCGGCAUUUCUCGUUCUUGCUUUCCCGUAUCGAAUCAGUUGACAACGCCGAAUACCUCUCGAACAGGUUCUCAAGGCUACUGAUUUCAGUAUCCGCAAAUGUUUUUCUGCAGUCCGUCGUGAAGCACUUGCUAACCCAAGGUGACUCCAUGAUCCUGGCAGCCAUGACGACCUUACAGGACCAGGGUAUUUACUCGCUCGCUUCGAACUACGGGGGACUGCUUGCUCGUAUCCUAUUCCAGCCUAUCGAAGAGAGCAGUCGAACAAUCUUCUCGUCUCUUCUCAGCUUCAAAGGAGCCAAGGGCUCGGACAGCAACAUUCGGAUAGCCAAGCCCUGGCCCCGAAAGCACUUCAUAUUCUAG